AUGCCGUCCGUUACCUUCGACAUUGUCGGUACCUGCUUCUCCUACGAUAACGGCGCGAAGGGCAUCGAGGAGCGCCUCGGUCCCAAGCUCGCCAAGUACGGCCUCUCCUCCAAAGUCGUCAUGUACGCCGUUGUCUGCGGCACCGAGCGCGACUACUCCUACCUCUCCCAAAUCGGUCAAUACAAGCAGUUCCACACCAUCUUCUUUGGUAUCUUCCGCCGCGUCCUCUUCCAGCUCGGCGUACCGGCCAAAGUCCUCGAGGGUGACUUUGUAACCCAGGAGGACCUCGACCACAUCUACAAGGAGUACUUCAAGCUCACGGCUCGGCCGGGACUCAAGGAGAUGUUUCAGAUUCUCCGGGACGGCGGGUUUGAGGUCUGGGCGCUUUCGGAUGCCAGCUUUGAGCGGGUCCGGGGGUACUUUGACGGAGCGACCGUCGACAUUGAUGAUGAGCACAUCAUCUCGGCCGACUCGAUUGGCAAGGGCAAGCCGGAAGCGGCGGUGUACCAGCUCGCGAGGGAUAGGGUCGGCGCGGACAAGCCGGGAGAGGUCGCCGUCUUUGCUGCUUCGCAUGCCUGGGACUGUGCUGCUGCUAAGGCCAUCGGCUUUGAUGUCGCCUACACCACCACCUACGAGUGGGACGAAUGCGUCGAGAUCUUUGGCAAGUUCGACCUGGUCGCGCCGGACCUCAUCUCGCUAGGCAAGGGGAUCGUCGAGAAGUGGGGCAAGAAGUAG